AUGAUCCCUUUAAAUGAGGUGAUUACUUUGGCACCACCGGACGCUCGCGCCUCUCCUGCCACUCAAGCUCAGCAAGCCGCACAACCAUCUGCUCCUGGUAUGCAAGUGGACAGGGAAGAGAUUUUGCAAUGGAUUCUCGAUUUGAAGGAUAGCAACAAGCGUGAGAAUGCGCUUCUCGAAUUGAGCAAGAAAAGGGAUAGCGUGCCUGAGCUACCUAUCUGGUUGUGGUAUUCAUUUGGUACCAUGGCGGCUCUUUUGCAAGAGGUCAUUGCCAUCUAUCCUGCUAUAAUGCCUGCUAAUUUGACGGCAGCUCAAUCCAAUCGAGUUUGCAACGCUCUCGCGUUAAUGCAAUGCGUUGCCAGCCACAAGGAUACACGAGGACCAUUCCUUCAAGCGCAUAUUCCGCUAUAUCUCUACCCAUUUCUCCACACGACGAAAACCUCUCGAUCGUUUGAAUAUCUUCGCUUGACGUCUUUGGGCGUCAUUGGUGCUUUGGUCAAAACGGACGAGAAAGAGGUUAUUUCCUUUUUGCUGUCCACUGAAAUUAUUCCAUUGUGUCUUCGAAUUAUGGAACAAGGAACUGAGCUGUCUAAAACAGUUGCAACGUUCAUUCUUCAAAAGAUCCUUCUCGAUGAUACUGGUCUCUCGUAUAUUUGUCAAACGUAUGAGCGCUUCAGUCAUGUUGCUAUGAUUCUCGGGAAAAUGGUGAUGAAACUAUCCCGAGAUCCUUCGUCCAGGUUGUUGAAGCAUGUUAUUCGAUGCUACAGCCGGCUGAGCGACAAUCCACGGGCACAACAGGCACUGCGUCAGUGUUUGCCGGACCAGCUCAAGGACGAAACUUUCAAGGCGAUUCUUGAUGAGGACAAGUCGAGUCGCCAUUGGCUGAGAUCACUCAUGAACAACUUAGGUACCAUGAAGCGCAUGCUGUUCUUGUUUUUCUUUUGUUUGCUACUGCAUGCGCAACAUGCGACGAUCGAUGAUGGCGGAUGGCACACUGAAGAAGUCGAUGUGGUUGGCCAAGACGGGCCGUGCAAUAUCGAGAGGCACGAUGGACAAGAUUUGACUCAAAAAGAGUUUCUGAAAAGAUUCGCAUACAGUGAGCCAGUGAUAAUCUUCAAUAUCGACAAUGAGGAGUUCCGUCAACGAACCGCAAAGCAGAGAAUGCUUGAUGAUUGGAAGGAUUCACCUGUCACUCUGAAUUCUGCAAAUACAUACAGUUACACUCGAGAACCAACAACGUUCGGAGAGUAUAUCGAAAAUCGACUCAGGCCUCAAAAUCGUGACAGACUGGCUAAUGAAACUAUGUAUCUGUUUGGCGAUAUCGAUCAGAAGUUGUGGGCUCCUCUCUUAGGUGCUUACAAACUUCCAAAAUGGUCACUCCCUAAGCAUUCUCCCGCGCUCAGUUUUGGGAUUGCUGGUGCAGGAACUGGUGUGCCAUUUCAUUUCCACGGGCCAGGGUUUGCAGAGGUGAUUUAUGGGUCCAAAAGGUGGUUCUUAUAUCCAUUCGAAGAAAGGCCACAUUUUGAACCGGACAAUACAACUUUGGAGUGGUACUUGAAUGAAUAUCCUGCUCUCCCUCGUGAGAAACGUCCUCUUGAAUGUCUAAUGAAGCCAGGGGAGAUUAUUUUCUUCCCGGAUAAAUGGUGGCAUGCCACGUUAAAUACUGAAACGAGUGUUUUCAUCAGAAAAGGUUUCUGGGCGGAGAAGCUUGGUGUUGGAGAUUUCUAUUACGAACUCGCUGUUCAAAUUGUUGAGGUUUGCCUAUCGACGAGUCACUACAACGGAGGUAUAAUGACGGUAGAAGAAAUAAGAAAUCGUUUAAUGAGGAGUAGAUCUCGUACAAGGAAGGAAACCAUAACAACGGACGAUAUUCUUCGUGCUGUAGAUAAAUUGAAGGUAUUGGGUGGUGGAUUCGAGCUUGUACCACUGGGUGGAGGACGCUUCCUUGUACAGUCAGUUCCGGGUGAACUGAGUAUGGAUCAUUCACGAGUGCUGCAAUUGGCAGAAGACGCUGCCUACGUUACAAAAGAACUCAUUAUUGAUAGACUACGAUGGGACGAGCAAAGAGCUCAAGCUGUGUUGGAUCACUUGGUGAAGGAGGGGCUGGCGUGGGUGGAUGAACAAGCUGCGGACACCGUCCAUUGUCUAUUUCAGUACUAUAAUGAAUCCGAAGCAUGUAAAUAUGCCUCAAAUUCCCACAUAGUUUCUAUACAAACUGAGAUGGCUGAGAGGGCGUUGGAACUGCUUGCGUUACCAGACGACAAGUCGGCGUUUUUAUUGGACAUUGGAUGCGGAACAGGCAUAAGCGGAGGAGUGCUUGCAAACGCCGGCCAUCAUUGGGUAGGACUUGAUAUCAGCAGGCCUAUGCUAGAAAUUGCUAGUCAAGAUGAUGAUGACAGAGAAAAUAUGGGUGAUUUUAUACUAGCUGAUAUGGGCAGUGGCGUGCCGUUUCUACCUGGAGCCUUUGAUGGAGCUAUCAGUAUCUCUGCAAUUCAGUGGCUAUGUCAUGCGAAUUCGACUGAUGAGAACCCCAAACGACGUCUUCAUCGGUUCUUCCAGACGCUGUAUGGUUGUUUG